AUGACAGAAAAUAAAGUAAAUGCACCAGAAACAGCUAAAGAAGCUGUAUUUUUUCAAUCAAAUGCUGAAGAUUUAAAAAAUCGAAGUGUAGUAAAGGGUUAUGAUUUUAAUGAAGGUUUGGAUUAUGGUAAAUUAUUUGAGUCAUAUAAAAAUACAGGGUUUCAAGCAUCAGCAGUUGGUAAUGCAAUUGAUGAGAUCAAUAAAAUGAUUCAAUGGCGUUUAAGUGAUGAACCAUUGGCAGAAGGUGAAGAAGAUGAUGGACUAAGAGGUCAAACAAGAUGUAAAAUAUUUUUAGGUUAUACCAGUAAUUUAGUAUCAUCAGGUAUUAGAGAUAUUAUUAAAUAUUUAGUUCAACAUUCAAUGGUCGAUGUUAUUGUAUCAACUGCAGGUGGUAUCGAAGAAGAUUUUAUCAAAUGUUUAGCACCAACAUACAUGGGCGAUUUUGCAUUAAAAGGACAAGAGCUUCGUAGAAAAGGUUUGAAUAGAAUUGGAAAUCUUUUAGUACCCAAUGAUAACUAUUGUAAAUUUGAAGAUUGGAUCAUGCCAAUAUUAGAUAAGAUGGUAGAGGAGCAAAAGACCAACGGAACCCUUUGGACACCAUCAAGAGUUAUCAAUCGUUUAGGUAAAGAAAUCAACCAUGAAGAUUCCAUUUACUAUUGGGCAUGGAAAAACAACAUCCCAGUUUACUGCCCAGCAUUGACUGAUGGUAGUAUAGGUGAUAUGAUGUAUUUCCAUUCUUAUAAUACUCCAGGACUUGUUUUAGACACAAUUAAUGAUAUCCGUGCUAUCAAUAAUCAUGCUGUCUAUGCUAAAAAGUCAGGUGUUAUUAUUUUAGGUGGUGGUGUCAUUAAACAUCACAUUUGCAAUGCUAAUUUAUUCCGUAAUGGCUCAGAUUUUUGUGUCUUUUUAAACACAGCAAAUGAAUUUGACGGUUCAGAUAGUGGUGCUAGACCUGAUGAAGCUGUUUCAUGGGGAAAAAUUAAAUUGGAUGCUAAACCAGUUAAAAUCUAUGCUGAAGCUUCAAUUGUAUUCCCAAUUUUAGUUGCUGAAACUUUUGCAAAAACUUUUAAACAAAAAUCAAAACAAGAACUAGAAAUGAAUAAAAGACCAAUUUUUGAUUAA